AUGCGGCCAACUUUUGCGAUCUCAGAAGAUGUGAUAAGUAUACAGCCGUCCUCCUCCCUUCUUUACCUGUGGCCGUCAUCCUCACUGCCUGUUCUCAUCAUCGGACUUGUCUGCAUCAGUCUUGUCCUCUGCAUUAGGCUUAAGAACAGGCUUCUUCUGCAUACGUCCUGCAGAUACAAACGGCGCGCUAGAGUACUUGCGCCACAGCCCAAUCCAGGCUUGGAGGAAGGUAUCGCCAUGGGCCUUUGUCCUAUCAAAAGGCAUCUUAGCCUGUGGUUGUUAGUAUGCGGGCAGGAAGAAGGCGGCUGUAGAACGUACGUCUAUAAGCUACUUCACAUAAUCCAGCUGCCUCUGUGCCUCGUCCUCAGACACGUAGUUAGGAAAGCAGAUUGCGGCGUACCGGCGGUUAGCGGGUAA